ACGUAAAUAGCGCCCCUGGUCUGAGCGAGAGGAGAGGAGUGGGCCCCACUUCCACUAUGGCCAAAGUGGAGAGGGGGAGGAGGAAGAAGAAGAAAGGGCGCCUCUCUCUCCUCGAUCUCGAGAAGCGUUCCCUCCGCUUCCACAAUCCAAACCCUAACCCUAAUUCCACCCUCAAUCCCUGCGCUCGACCCCCGCUCCACUCCCCUGCUCGCCGAUCCACCCGCCGGAACCCUAAACACGAACCCCCUAAACCCUCGCCGGACACCGAAUUCGACGACGCCGCCGAUGCAGAGGAGGAGGAGGAGGAGAAGCUCAUUGGGAAGCGUCGCGAGAAGGAGCUCAAAUUCGUUCUCCGCGCUGACUCCACCCCCUCCGCCUCCGUCUCCGGCAGCGGCGCAGCCGCAUCCCGGCGGAAGCGGAAGAUCCCCGGCUAUGGAGAUCGGGAUAAGGCCAAAUCGCACAAUUCCUUGAAAGCGACGGAUCCUCGUCAAGGGGAAUUAACAGUUUGCGGGCCGACGACACCUUUGCCGGAGAAAAAUUUGUUGGUGUUCAUCCUCGACAGACUCCAGAAGAAAGAUACAUUUGGUGUCUUCUCGGAGCCUGUGGAUCCCGAGGAGCUGCCGGAUUACCAUGAAAUUAUUGGACAUGCGAUGGACUUUGGGACUAUCCGCAAGAAGCUUUCGGAUGGUGCAUAUGUAAACUUGGAGCAGUUCGAGAGGGAUGUCUUUCUGAUUAGCUCAAAUGCUAUGCACUACAAUGCACCAGACACCAUCUACUAUCAGCAGGCACGAUCUAUACGGGAUCUUGCAAAGAAGAACUUUGAGAACUUGAGGGAAAAAGGUGACAGUAAUGAACCAACGCAAAAGACACUGGCGAGGAGGGGUAGGCCACCGAAAAAGAUCAAGCAAACAGUGAGCAGACCCUCUGACUGCGCUUUUUCAGAGUUCAACAACAAUGAUGCAACACUUGCUAAUUCUGGGGACAGCAGUCGGUUAUCUAACUUUGAUAACGAUUUGUCAAGGAAAGAAUUGGCGGUAGGCAACUCUAUGAAUACAAAUAAGUCUAUGAGAACUCCCUACAGUCUGUGCAGUACAGAGACAUUUGGUUGGCUCGGCGAACAGAAACAGUCCAAAAAUAAAGAAUAUCUAGGGUCUGGAUUGAAAGGGAUUUCUAUUAAUUUUGGGAAGAAACCUACUGAUGCGGAUGAGAGUCGUCGCAACACGUGUAAGCAGUCUUAUUUGUCAACAUGUGUGAAUGAACUUUCUACGCUGACAAGCUUUGGUGGGGAGAGGAAACAACUAGUGCCGGUAAGUGUGCGGCUUCACAUCAAAUAUUCGUACGCAAGGAGUUUGGUUCGAUUUGCUGCCAACCUUGGUCCCAUUGGCUUGGCUAUUGCUGAGAAAAGAAUCAAGCAACUAUUACCUCCCUCGAGAAUCUCCUCUAAUUAUUUUGCUUAUCACUCUUCUCAACUUAAGUUGUCACCCUGCACCACGCAGGAAGCAUCCUCACAUGAAAAUAUCAUACAAGAGCGACAUCUUUACAGAACACUAGAGGAUCCGAAGUGAGACCGAUUUGGUGACCGGCACCCUUUAUCCAGAAGAAUCAUAUGCACUGCCAAUUUAUCACGAGAGCGACUGCGACAGUAGGGUAUGUGGGCACAUCAAGUUCUGGUAACUUCUUGCCUGAUACUAGCUGCAAUUCUAAGAUGAUGCAGGAUUUUCCUGCACAAGUGAAGGCGGACUCGAUUUCUGCUGACCUGAAAGUGGGGUUCCGGUCGCCAAGCUUGUCGGGUUCAGGUAUUGUGGCUUCAACUUCCGAGACCUGAUUUAGCUUUGCAGCUUUGAAAUUAUGUGAUAUUAUUUUCCCAUUUAGAUGAGUAUGUUAGGGGUGCAGUUGUGCUAAAUUAACUAGAGGAAAUGGUUAGGGUUUGUAAUUUGCUUGACGCUAGUGUUCUGUUGUAACAGGGUAGAGGGCAGUUGUACAGAUUAUAAUCUGUAGGUGAGGUUGUAUAUAUUUUCCAAUUCUUAAUAAAGAAGCUUAAAUCUCAUUUGUAAUGUAUGAA